GAAGUAAUUGCAUAGCAUUUACGCGCAAAUAUGAAGCUGUAGCCCUGUAAUUUUCGGCAACAAAUCACAUUUUUACAAAACGCACAAGUAAAUCGCAGCUGCUCAAAAGGGUUUAAAAAACGAAAAAAAAGAGACUGCAAAGCGAAGACGCGAUUCAUCGAAGCGUCGAGCUUCGAACUCCAGACCUCUUGAACCAAUUAGAUCUGCUGGCAAAGAAGGGUUUAAAGUAAAGCUUGGAUAGAAAUUGAGAUUUCGUGGUUCUAAUUUCUUCGUUCGAGUAAAUGUUCUUACGCUGACGGCAUCGGUUGAGUUUCGCACACCAGAUCUGGUUUAGAAAACCUGUCUGCUAGGAAAUGGAGAAAUCAUGCAGCUUGCUAAUCCACUUCGACAAGGGCACGCCGGCCAUGGCCAACGAGAUCAAGGAAUCCCUCGAAGGCAACGACAUUGACCGCAAGAUAGACGCCCUCAAGAAGGCUAUCAUGCUUCUCUUGAAUGGUGACACCCUACCUCAGCUCUUCAUUACAAUUGUCAGGUAUGUGCUACCCUCAGAAGAUCACACGAUCCAGAAGCUCCUUCUAUUAUAUUUAGAGAUCAUUGAUAAAACAGAUGCAAGGGGCAAAGUUUUGCCGGAAAUGAUCCUCAUUUGUCAAAACCUUAGAAACAACCUCCAACACCCUAAUGAGUACAUCAGGGGUGUAACCCUGAGGUUCCUUUCAAGGUUAAAUGAGAGCGAGCUGAUUGAGCCCCUGAUUCCUUCUGUUCUUGCCAAUUUAGAGCAUCGCCAUCCUUACAUCAGAAGAAAUGCUAUUUUGGCAGUGAUGUCUAUCUACAAGCUGCCACAGGGGGAAAACUUGCUUGUAGAUGCACCUGAAAUGAUUGAAAAGGCUCUGACCACUGAACAGGAUCCCUCAGCCAGAAGAAAUGCAUUUUUGAUGCUCUUUACGUGUUCUCAGGAGAGGGCUGUCAAUUAUUUAAUCAGAAAUCUGGAUGCUGUGCCACAAUGGGGUGAUUUGCUGCAGAUGGUUGUGCUUGAGCUGAUCCGAAAGGUAUGCAGAUCAAACCCUGGGGAAAAGGGGAAAUACAUCAAGAUCAUCAUUUCUUUGCUGAAUUCGUUAUCUACAGCUGUUGUGUAUGAGUGUGCAUCAACUCUUGUCAGCCUGUCAUCUGCCCCGACUGCAAUCAGAGCUGCAGCAAAUACCUACUGCCAGCUCUUGCUGUCACAGAGUGACAACAAUGUAAAGCUCAUUGUAUUGGAUCGGUUGCAAGAGCUGAAGGCAUCACACCGGGAUGUUAUGGUGGACAUGAUCAUGGAUGUUCUGAGGGCACUCUCAAGUCCUAAUUUAGAUAUUCGGCGCAAAACUCUUAAUAUUGCUUUGGAAUUGAUCACUCCUCGAAACAUAGAUGAGGUUGUCAUGACCCUAAAGAAGGAGGUUGUGAAGACCCAGAGCACAGAUUUGGAGAAAAAUGGGGAAUACAGGCAAAUGUUGGUCCAAGCUAUUCAUUCCUGUGCCAUCAAGUUCCCUGAAGUUGCUAGUACUGUGGUUCAUUUGCUCAUGGACUUCUUAGGGGAUAGCAAUCUGGCAUCUGCAAUGGAUGUGGUUAUUUUUGUGCGGGAGAUUAUCCAGACUAAUCCUAAGCUUAGAGUCUCCAUAUUGGUAAGGUUAUUAGACACUUUUUAUCAGAUCCGGUCUUCACUUGUGUGCUUGUGUGCUCUGUGGAUUAUCGGAGAGCACUCCCUUUCUCUUACUGAAGUGGAAAAUGGUUUAUCAACCAUCAAACAAUCUCUUGGGGAGCUACCAUUUUACACAAUUUCUGAGGAUGCUGAGGUGACUGAUUUCAGGUCAUCAGCCACUAACAAACCUCAGCCUCCAGCAUCUAUGACUGUCUCCUCAAGGCGACCUGCCAUUCUUGCUGAUGGGACCUAUGCAACUCAGAGUGCUGCAUCUGAAAUUGCCAUUGCAAAUCCUGUAAUUCUGGGAAGUUCUGACUCGACCGGAAAUUUGCGAACCAUCCUUUUAACAGGUGAUUUUUUCCUUGCUGCCGUGGUUGCCUGUACAUUAACUAAGCUGAUUCUUCGUUUGGAAGAGGUGCAGCCUUCUAGAGCAGAUGUAAACAAGGCAGCUGCUGAAGCAUUGCUAAUCAUGGUCUCUAUGCUGCGCCUUGGUCAAUCUAAUGUUCUGCCACAUCCCAUAGAUAAUGACUCCUAUGAGCGGAUUAGUCUCUGUAUACGCAUUCUAACCUCUCCUGAUGAUUUGUUGAAAAGAAUUUGGUUACAAUCUUGCCGAGAGAGCUUCGUAAAGAUGCUUGCUGACAAGCAGUUCCGGGAAAUAGAAGAGACAAAAGCAAAAGCUCAGAUUUCACAUGCACAGCCAGAUGACUUGAUUGAUUUCCGCCUUUUGAAGAACAGAAAGGGUAUGAGUCAGCUUGAAUUAGAAGAUGAAGUGGAAGAUGAUUUAAAACGUGCCACUGGAGAAUUUAUCAAAGAUGGUGACAGUACAAAUAAAUUGAAUCGGGUUUUACAACUUACUGGCUUCAGUGAUCCUGUUUAUGCAGAAGCAUAUAUUACAGUUCAUCAGUAUGAUAUUGUCCUGGAUGUUACUGUAAUCAACCGCACAAAGGAAACACUUCAGAACCUUUGUUUAGAAUUAGCUACUAUGGGUGAUCUCAAACUGGUUGAACGACCACAAAAUUAUACCCUGGCUCCAGAGUCAAGCAAGCAGAUAAAAGCAAACAUAAAAGUGUCCUCUACUGAAACCGGUGUUAUAUUUGGUAACAUUGUUUAUGAGACUACGAGUGUACUGGACCGCAAUGUUGUUGUUCUGAAUGACAUACACAUCGACAUUAUGGACUACAUCUCCCCAGCCACUUGCCCUGAUGGUGCUUUUAGGAGUAUGUGGGCCGAGUUUGAGUGGGAAAACAAGGUGGCUGUGAACACAGUUAUCCAUGAUGAGAAGGAGUUCCUAAACCAUAUUGUGCGAUCAACAAAUAUGAAGUGCCUCACACCCCUAUCUGCACUAGAUGGAGACUGUGGAUUUCUGGCUGCAAAUUUGUAUGCAAAGAGUGUAUUCGGUGAGGAUGCUCUUGUGAAUGUUAGUGUUGAGAAACAAUCUGAUGGCAAGUUGAGUGGUUAUAUCAGGAUAAGAAGUAAAACCCAGGGCAUUGCAUUGAGUUUGGGUGAUAAGAUCACACUCAAACAAAAGGGCUGAGUAUGUGAUGAUCGGUGGAUGCUCAACUUUUACUUCUAAGUUUUCUGUAAGAAAUUUUUCUGCAUUGGUAUCUUUAUCCGCUUACAAUUUUUGGUAAUUAACAGUUAGAAUUCUGACUGCUUAAAUUGGAUGAGUGGUCAUUGAAGCCCAUUGGUUGAUCUUUCAGAACUAGAAGAAAAUUCUUUAUGGUUGGGAUGAGAAUUAGCAACUUGUUUUAUCUGUUCGCUAAGGCGUGAAACUUGUGCACUGCUUUAAACAAUAGUUAUGUAAAGAGUUGAGGAUGAUGAGUAUGACGUUAAUUUUGCUCAUGACUAUUGAGGUAUCACCACUGUAGGAAUUAUAGAGUAGUUUUUGUCUGUCUUGGUUUCUAUAUUAUAUCUCAUGCACAAUACUGUGAUGCAGAUUAUUAAGUGCUCCUGUAUUUAAAGAAGCAAACUAUAUUUUUAAUUCAAAAUCCAAGCUCUGGAAGGUA